CCAGACACUCGGCAACAUAAAGACUCGCCGUACAUUGCCGAGUCUCAGAAGCAACAUUGCAAUUACUCUCGUUUGCUUACUCUCGUUUCCGAUUUCUGAAGCGUAAGAUCGUCGAUUUUGUCGAGUUAGUGCGCGCACUUGUUGCCAGUCAACAUGAGCAAGAAAUCAGAUAUCUUGUACUUGUUCGAUCGACCGGCGGAGCCGGUGUACGUGCCCAAGGGAGAGAACAAAGUCGCUUUCGACAUACCACCUAACUACUUGCCUGAGAAUAGGCAACAGGAUGCCGUUGCCAUCGUGAAUCGUUUCAGCGAUGAUACUGCGACGAAAAUUCCAGUAAAGCAGAUCAGUCUGCCUGACUUGAGCGUCCCCCUUCAGCUCGGACGUCGAGAACCCUUCUCUCUUUUCAUCCCUAAGCAUCGAAAAUUAGCCGCGCGUCUCAUCGACAUCUUCUUGGGUAUGCGAACGUACGAAGACUUUCUUUCGGUGUCGGUUUACUGUCGCGAUCGCGUUAAUACCCAGAUGUUCAUCUACGCGCUCUCGGUAGCGAUUCUGCAUCGUCCUGAUACCAAGAACUUACCGAUACCACCGCUGGCAGAAAUUUUUCCGGAUAAGUACGUCGACAGUGGAAUAUUUUCCAGAGCGAGGGAGGAAGCUAAUGUUGUACCGCCUGGCUCCAGGGUGGCUAUAGAAAUUCCACGGGAUUACACUGCGUCGGAUCUUGACGAGGAGCAUCGCGUGGCUUACUGGAGAGAAGAUAUCGGGAUCAAUCUUCAUCACUGGCACUGGCAUCUGGUCUAUCCGUUCGAGACCGACAGGAGGAUUGUUGACAAGGAUCGGCGUGGCGAGCUAUUCUACUAUAUGCACCAUCAGAUCCAAGCCAGAUACAAUAGCGAGCGUCUGUGCAACCGAUUGGGCCGAGUCAAGCGCUUCCACAAUUGGCGCGAACCGAUCCCGGAGGGUUACUUCUCCAAGUUGGAUUCGUUGGUAGCCAGUCGCACUUGGCCCGCUCGCCCCGCCGGUGCCAUUCUUAAGGAUAUCAAUCGCCCAGUGGACCAACUGAAUUUCGACCUUCAGGACCUGGAGAGAUGGCGCGAUCGCAUCUACGAGGUCAUUCACACCGGCUCUUACAUCGGCUCCCGCGGCGAGAGGGUGCCUUUGACCGAGUUCAAAGGCAUAGACGAUCUGGGUAACAUCAUGGAGGCCAGUAUUCUCUCGCCCAAUCAAAACGUAUACGGAGACCUUCACAAUCUCGGUCACGUCGCCAUCUCCUACUGUCACGAUCCUGAUCAUCGCUACUUGGAAACUUUCAGUAUCAUGGGAGAACCAGCCACCGCCAUGAGAGAUCCCAUCUUCUACAGAUUCCAUGCUUUCACCGACGAUGUGUUCCUGGAGCACAAGAAUACACUUCCCGAGUACAGCCUACAGCAGUUGGACUUCCCGGGCGUAGAAAUCACGGAUAUAGCAGUGCAGACUCCGAAUCAGCCAGCGAAUCAGCUUUCGACCUUCUGGACCAAGAGCGACGUCGAUCUAUCUCGCGGUCUAGACUUCACGCCUCGCGGUCCAGUUCUCGCAAGAUUCACCCAUCUGAAUCACGCUGACUUCACAUACAGAAUCGUCGCCAACAAUCGCAAUAAUGCACCACGACGAGGAACUGUUCGUAUAUUCAUCGCACCUAAGCAAGAUGAACGUGGAUUGCCCUACGUCUUCAGAGAUCAGAAGGAACUCAUGAUCGAGAUGGACAAGUUUACUGUAAUACUGAGACCGGGAUCGAACACCAUUGAGCGUAAAUCAACGGAGUCUUCGGUAACUAUACCGUUCGAGAGGACGUUCCGCAAUCUCGACGAGAACAGACCAAUCGGCGGCGAUAACCUGGAACAGUUCAACUUCUGCGGGUGCGGCUGGCCGCAGCACAUGCUGGUACCUAAGGGUAAGGAGGAGGGAUUCCCGAUGGACCUCUUCAUCAUGAUAUCCGAUUACACCGGUGACGCGGUGGAGCAGGACGAACCGAGCGGAUGCAAGGACGCAGCGAGCUUCUGCGGCCUCCGGGACCGCAAGUAUCCGGACGCGCGACCCAUGGGCUUUCCGUUCGAUCGUAGAGCUCGACCUGGCGUGGAGACCCUGGCCCAAUUUCUAACUGGCAAUAUGGCAGUCAGGCAGAUCAACAUUCGCCACACGGACACCGUGUUGCCGCGUAUGCGAUCCGGAAGUAUGGGCAACACCCUCACUUUCGCUUGAUUCGAUGAUUGAUUGACCGACCGACCGACCGUACGCGGCGAACCGCUCGCGCAUCUCUGCCAAGAUUUCUGGUGUCUCCGUCCCAACCGCGCAUUCUCAGUAGCGAUCCUGUAAUAUCCGUCGUAGACUGAUUGCGUGGAAGCGCGCGACACGUUUCCCAUUCUACUCCAUAUCCUCGAACGGCGAACGCUGGAAUGACGGCGGUGGAUCGGGAGCGGAUAAAAAGCCGGAGGCGGACAAAACGCUAUUUCCAUAUCUCGAUGACGGAAGAUUAUCUUAGGAAACGAGAGUGAGAUGACAGGAAUUCUCCGUGGACAGGAAAGUACAAUCUUGUGCAUUUUAAUCACGAAAAUUCCCAUAUGAUCCUGCUGUACUCUGAUGGUCUGAAUUUUACCGGAAUUGAGACUGUCUUAAAAAAACUCCAAAUAUUUUACGGAUAUUUUUAUACUCAAACAUUUUCCCUCUCUUAUUUGAAUAUAAUAGCUAAUAUAAGUACGUCCCUCUAUCUAUGUAAAUCUGUGUUAAUACAUUGCUAUUUUCAUUUUAAUUUUAUAAAUGUUUAUUAGGAAAAAAGUUCUUGUGAACCGCGUUUGAAUAUUUCCUUCGACGAUCUUGUAGAAGCUGUUUUAUUUACGAUUUCAUAACUUGCGCAUCCACUAGCAAUGAGUACCGCUUAACAAAUGUAUUUUUGCGUAAAAACGGGAACAAAGACGUGCCCUGAACGCUCAAGCAAAGCUUUUCCCCGUCUUCUUUCUCUCGUUUCACUCGCAUUACGGGAACUAGAUUGUAGAAAGCAGCAAAUGUAAAAAGCAAAAAAAGAUAAAAAUAAAGUUUAUGCAAAUUA